UGACGCUUUGCCAAAUUUUACGAACUGUUUUGAUCAGUGCUGUGCCAAUUCAUUUGUUUGCUGAUUUAUCAUUGACUUGUUAUUUAUCACUUUAAACUCCACGUGACCUAUUAAAGCGAAGGAUCACUCCUUUUAAGGUUUAAAAGGAAUGGUUUUGGUAACAGUAAUGUGUAAAUACGUUGUUGUAAGUCGAUUAAUAUAUGGAAUAACAGUUGAUAAAGAGAAAGAAGACGCGAUAAUUGAGAAUGCUUGUUCGCUGCUGCUCGACUCGAGCAAUACGAACAGGUCGAGUGGUUUGAAGGCGCUGAACAAGACUAAAGAGCCGAGCUUCAUAAAAUGCUACAAGAACCCGAGCUACGCAUCGUUCAUAAGCACUCUUAGCGAUGUAGUGUUUGUGGGCGUGCCUGACAACUACAAGAAGAAGGUAAGUGAUAUUCUAACGGAAGAAUACAAGGCCAAGAUAAAGUCUUUUCUUCAAAGCAAGCAUUGUCUGCCCGUGCUGCCCAGUUUAAAGAAGUACAACUAUGAGCCUUGUAGGUUUGCGCAAUAUCUGAAAUAUUUGGCGUUUGCAAGAGAGUGGGAUGCUCUUUUCAAGGAUUAUGAUGAAAAACUUAUGUACGAGGACUUCGUAAGUUACAAUGAAUCGUACUACAAGGUGCUGAAGAACGCGGUAAAAAAGAACGACGAAAUAAUCAUUAUGGACCCGGAGCUCUGGCUGCUGCCAGGCUAUUUUGAUAACAUAAGGGUGAGUGUUGUCUUCCUGACGCCGUUCUUCAAGAUUGAAUUCUUCAAGUGUGUUUAUAACAACAUGGAAAUUCUGAACUCGCUUUUGAAGGCUCAUCUGGUCUUCCAGAAUGCAGAUGAAGUGACCUCAUUCUUGGAACUGUGCGCAAUCAACAUCCCAAAUUUUGACGAACAGUCCGUUAGCAUACAGAUUCUGCAGGUUGGACUUGAUAUGGAUUACAUUAACAUGAUAAAAGGAAACCCUAGGAUGGAAGAGCGUGUGGCCCAAAUCAGGGAGAAUUACAAGGGCAAAAAAAUAAUCCUAACAAUCCUAAAUACUGUAAACAGUGAACUAUCUGAGAAUGUUCUUAUCGCAUUCAAUGAACUGCUUGGUGAUACAGAAGCUGUCCUGGUGCAGAUCGAGACACAUUCCAAUCAACUUGAUGCUCAGAAACGGAUAGAGAUAUCAAAGGGAGUGAGCUUUAUCACAACAACGCGAGGGACAGACAGUGUGCUUACGGUUACACCAACCAACGAUCUGGAAUACUACUCGUUUCUUGCAGCUGCGGACUUGGGCCUUUUUCUGUUCGAUCAUUCAGUCACAAACAAGGGAUGCUGCGAUUUUGUUGCUGUGAACAGCGCACCAUUUGUUCUUUCGGUCAAUUCUGUCAAUCAUUUCACAUCGCUGCUCGUAAACCCGAAUGAUUCGAACGAGUUGCUUGCAAAAAUGAGAGAGGGACUAUCGCUUGGUACAGACGCCAUGCAUUCACGUAACAAGGAGGUACUACGUGGUAUGGCGGUCAGCGAUCUCGCGAAGAAGAUGGAAUACAGGGAGAAUGUUGCGAAAGACAAGGAACCAAAGCAGCUGGAAGAGACGAAGAUUCUGCAAGCAUUUGAGAAGGCAAACAAACGUGUUAUUGUUUUGGAUUAUGACGGAACACUCACAGAAAUAGUACCGGUUCCGUCAGAUGCUGCUCCCUCUGCUGAAAUAAUCAGUUUGCUGGAGUACCUUACCGAUUUGAAGAAUACAACGGUUGUAAUCGCAACCGGUAGAAGCAAAGAUGAAGCUGAGAAGUGGUUUACCAACCCGAAGAUACAACUAUAUGCCGAGCAUAGCGCAUUUUACCGCAAAAAGGGGCAGUGGAUCAGGCGAGAUGUUGAUUUGUCGUGGAUGGACGUGGCACGCCAGAUAAUUAACGAGUACGUUGCAUGCACACCAAACACCAAGCUUGAAGAGAAGAACACGGCGUUGGUCUUCCAUUAUCGCAAUGCCGAUGAUUCUUACAAGGACGAACAGGCUGAACGGUGCAGAAAGGCACUGGUGCAGGCACUCAAGGGUAGGGCCAACGUGAAGGUUGGAAAGUGUAUCGUAGAGGCGAAUUGCAGGGAUAUUGGAAAAGACUACGUGAUCAAGCAAUAUGAAAACUGUGAUUUCGGGUUAUGUGCUGGCGAUGACACUACAGACGAGAAGAUGUUCGGUCGUGAGUGUUUUGUAGGUAUUGUGGUUGGUAAAAAGAUCAGCAAGGCCGAGUAUUUUGUAGAGGAUCCGAAGGCGUUUAGAAAUUUCCUCAAAAAGCUGAAAUAA